AAUCAUAAGAUCGUUCUUCAGGUAUGUUGAGCAAGAGUUUCAUAGAGAUCUUUGGACUCGUGUUCUAGAUGUGGCAUAUGAGUCGGAACAUGUCAUUAACUCAAUUCUUGCCUGAGAUCAUGGUCUAUUGCAGCUUAUCUUCAUACUUCCUGAUACCGUAGAAAAGAUCAAGCUUGUCAAAAAAGAGGUACAAGAGAAGAUCCCCAAGAGCAGCGGUAUUAUUGUUGCAAACGCUCCUAACAAGCCGGUUGAAAGAAACUCAUCAAGUACAGUCGGUAAAAUAAUCGUAGGUUUUGAGGAGGAGACAAAGUGGAUAAUUAGGAAGCUCACCAGCGGACCAGCUGAGAUAGAUGUCAUUUCCAUAGUCGGCAUGCCAGGGCUUGGAAAAACUACUUUGGCUUACAGAGUGUAUAAUGAUGAGUCCAUUGUUGAUCAUUUCGAUGUUUGUGCUUGGUGCACAGUCGACCAGGAACGUAAUGAGAAAAAGUUGUUGCAGAAAAUUUUCAAUCAAGUUAUUGGUUUGAAAGAACGAUUCAAUGAGGAUCAAGGCAUAGAUGAUGACGUUGCUGAUAAGCUGCGGAAACGACUAUGUGGAAAGAGGUACCUUAUUGUCUUGGAUGACAUGUGGGAUACUGCAACAUUGGAUGAGCUAACAAGACCUUUUCCUGAACUUCAUAAAGGAAGCAGAGUGAUUUUAACAAGUCGGAAAGAGGAAGUUGCUUUGCAUAGAAAAUGCCACAGUGAUCCUCUUUAUCUUUGAUUGCUAAGAUCAGAAGAAA